AUGACGACCUCGUGUGUGCGUUAAUAAGUUGCGGGGUCCCCCCAGAUCAUGCCGAUUCUUCCUAUUCAGCUCUCCUAACACGCGCGGUCGAGGCGGAGAGUGUGAAGGUCGUUAGGUUUCUAAUUGGGCGGGACGACGUAGAGGUUAAUGUCGAAUCGUACGAGUACAAUCUGAACGUCCCGCUCGGUUGGAAAACUCCGCUGUUAGCUGCCGUCUCCUCCGGGAAUGCGGAAAUGGUCAGAAUCCUCCUUGGGCAUCCGAGGACGGACGUAAACCUUCGUGUACACUUCAGAUAUACCCCUAUUGCCCUCGCCGCGUCUAACGGAAAUGUCUCCGUAUUUCGCCUCCUCAUACAAGACCCACGCGUGGACCCGAACAGGUUCGGUAGUUCCGGGGAGAACCCGUUACUAAACGGCGCCCGCUCCGGGGAAAUUUCUAUAGUAAGAGAACUGCUCGCGGACCCAAGAGUCGACGUCAAUGUCGUAAGCCGCGACCUAGAAUCAGCGAUCCAUACCGCUGCGCGAUACGGACACCCGCACAUCCUCCGACUCUUGGUGGAAGAUGGAAGAAUAGACGUGAACGCCUUAAGCGGCUGCGGUUGCACGCCACUAGAACUAGCGAUCAAAGGUUUCCGGUCAGGAGAGUCUGCAGACCAGGCGGCGCGGGAAUGUGUGCGUUGUAUUCUCUCGCACAAAAGCUUCGACCCAAGCACAAAGAAUAGAUGGAACGGUACGGCGCUGCAGGUAGCAGUGUCCUCCACAACUCCCGGUAUUUCCAGGAUAUUACUCGCGGAGGGGAGGUUCGACGCCAAAGCUGUUAACGAUGCGGCCCUGAAUCUGCCCUUCUCACCAUCUCCGGUUAAAGGGAAAUGUCUACAAGGGUUUUUACGGGAUCCCCGACUCGAUGUCAACUUCCGGAAUUCGGGAGGUGAGACAAUAUUGCAUUGCGCAGCUCGUAGUGACUCGCUAGGAAUGAUGUGGAUAUUGCUUGAAGAUGGGAGGUUUGAUUUUAACGCUAUUAACAAUUGUCUGGAGACACCGCUGCAUGUGGCAGCUCGUCGGGAGCAGGGUGGUCUUGCCUGGCUGUUGUUUAUGAAGCGUGGUGGUGGGGGGGUUGAUGUUGCGUUGAAAAAUUGUAACGGGGAUACAGCAUUGGACGUCGCGGUUAAGGGCGGAUUUCAAGAAACUACGCUUGUUUUGCGAGGGCACGAGCCGGUGCAUAAGGACGGGAUUGUUCAACGUGUCAACGAGGAGAUUUGCUUUGAACCCAUGUAA